CCUCCUCUGCUAGCUCUGCUGCACCCUGGCCACUCUCAGCGCCGGCCCUCGGUCAAAAGGAGUCUCGUCGGGUACACGGGCAGCUAAGAACUGAACUUCAAUGUCUGCAGGAGAGCAGAAGGAUGGUGGGGACAAACCAAAAGAUAUGCUGCCAUUGGCUAAGGUCUGGCCAGAGGUGGAGAGGGCUGAGUGUCUGGCCCGCGGCGCGGCCCUGAAGUGGGCGUCAGGUGUUUUCUGUCGGCCCGAGCAUCUGGAGCGACUGAGCCAGUACAGGAAGAGAGAGAGUCAGAGGACUGCCUCCAUACACACCAGACUAAAGUCCAUGGUCCAGUCGUACCUGGAGGGGGUGGGCUGGGGUCUGGAGCAGCUCCGGGAGGCCAGGGCCGAGCUGAAGGAGGUGUCGCAGGCUCUAAAGAAAGGGGGACUGGAGUCCAAUCAAAACGCAGAAGAGGUGAAGUCUCUGGAGAGGCUGAGAGAAGUGUCCGUCAACCACUGUCAGCUGCUCGCUGCCGUCAGCAACCUGCCACGACUCUAUUCUGUGCGCAGCAUGGUGUUGGAGACGCAGCGUUUGGUGGAGUCCCGGCGGCUCCUGGAGGCCCACGCCCUGCUGAUGGACCUGGAGCUCUGGCAGGACGACAUCCUCUGGCAGCUCCACGGGGCCGCCAGGACGGCAGGCAGCACGCUCAGCCCAGAAGACCAGGAGCUGGUGACCAAAUACUUCUCUGGUGUCGGCCAGCUGGUCGAUGACCUUGGUAAGGAGAUGUGGGCGGUGGUGAGCAGUGCUCUAGCUCUGGCCCGACAAAACCCCACACCCUUCGUAUCAGCGGUGAGGAUAGUGGAGCGGGAGGAGGCCCUGGACCAAGCUCUACUGGAGGAGAGAGGAGGGGGGAGCAGAGGGAACAGCAGGCCUCUGCCCCCGGGUCGACCCCGCUGCUGGAGAGCAUGCUUCUUCCAGACACUAGAAGAGGCGGUUGCGGCACGUUUUCGCAGCGUCUCCUAUCUGCACACUCGUGGUCCAGGUCUAGCAGGCCAUCUCUCUGCUCUUCAACACGGCAUCAUGGCUGACCUGGCUACCGUGCGCCACCUGCUGGAACACUGUGUCCCGCCACACUACAGGCUAACAGAAGCCUACCUGAGGGCCAGCCAUCGCUGUCUACAUGCUCACCUGGCACAGGUUAGCUGCUGGGACCUGGAGAGUGGUGAAAUCUUUGCUGUGCUCAACUGGGUUCUACACAUCUACAACAGCUCAGACAUGAUGGGUCAUCCGGAGCUGGUGGAGGAGAUGGAGAAGGCGGAGCUGGGACCGCUCAUCUCCACAGAGGGACAGCUGCAGCUGCAGAACAAAUACGUGCAGAGUGUUCGGAAGAGUGUAUCAGAGUGGAUGAAAAAAGCCCUGCAGGUGGAGCUGCAGGACUGGCAGAGAGACCAGGAGCCAGAUACAGACCAUGAAGGUUUCUUCCAAACCAGCCUGCCAACUAUCAUCACACAGAUGCUGGAGGAGAACGCCCGGGUAGCUCUGAUGAUCGGAGAGUCCCUCAGAGAUCAGACGAUCCAGAUGGGACUCUAUGAGAUGGAGAACCUCCUGAACAGGUUUCGAGAAGCUCUGGUGGAAUUAGGGAAGGAGCAUCGCAGGGAUCCGAGCAACAACAAAAACAAGUUCUACCUCCACUACCUGCUGGCCUCCAUCAGCAACUGCAUCAUCCUCAAAAAGUCCACAGAGAGCCUGCAGCAGCAGCAGUCGUCCCGCUCGGCAGGACAGUUCUCUCGGACUCCUCCCAACCCUCUGGCAGCUCUGGACCGAGCAGUGAGACGGGCGUGUCGCCUGGUGAUGGAUCGGCUCCUGCUGGACCUUCAGCCGUACCUGCCGAGCCUGUUGACCCGACCCUGGCUGGUUCAGGGAGACCCGACCCCGAAGCUCUGCCGUGUCCUGGAGCGUCACCUGGAGCUGUAUAUUCGUGUUCGACCGCCCUGCAGACAGCGUCUGCAGGAGGAGGCCCAGUGGCUGAUGGUGGUGGAGUACGUCAGGGCUCUGAUGCAGAAGAGGCUGGUGUGUCGCAGCGCGGAGGAGAGGAAGCAGCUCGCUCAGCAGAUGAUCCAGGACGACCAACAGUUCAGGGAAAUCCUCCACGGCCUGGAAGGUGAAGGGUCAGUACCUGAAUUGAAUCCUUUGGCCUUACUGCCCUUCCUGGCUGACUUUAUCCGACUGAAAGACCCCGGCAUGCUCACUCUGGAAGUUUCUGGACUCGCAGCCAAAUACCCUGACAUCAGUGAAGAGCAUGUGUCUGUGCUGCUAGACAUCCGUGGUGACGUCUCCAGGGACAUUAGAGGAGCUGUACUGGACCUGCUGGAGCAGAGUGCUCCCGCUUUGCCUGCAGGAUAUCGGCCCAUCUUCACCGACAUCCUGGUGCCGCCCUCCACCCUGGCCUUCUGUCUGCCCACCGCCAAGUGUGCAUGACAUGGAGUGAAACUGAAACCUGAACUCAGACUUUCUCAUUCAAAUCAAAUCAAAUCAAACCUGGUUCAUCAUGCCAGGGUCCCAUAGGGCGUUGUUACACUACAGUCAUGGGGGGGGGAAAUCAUUAGACCACCCUUGUUUUCUCUAAUUACUUGUUCAAUUUAAUGCCUUGUAGUGGAAAUUUUCUCUGCUGCUGGUGAAGAUUGAAAUAGAGACUUUUGCCGGCCGACAAGGUUUAUUUUCUUUGCAAAGAAAGGUCAAUCAACACGUGAGUGGUCAAAAUGAAGAAAGAC